AUGUCAUACUCGAGUACUCCCCCGAUCGUCUACAGCCAAUCAGUCAAUACAAUCAUCCAUUAUCCAUUUCUCCUCCGUCUCCACUCUCACUCGCUGGCCAUGGUCGGAUACCGGUAUCACUCAAUGAGUCAAUUGACUGUUGUACAUCUAGUUGUACAUAUUUAUAUGGCGGUGAGCUUUGCUCUAGGCUCGGCUUUUCCAUGGAAGACUCCGUAUUUCUCAUCAUCGAAUGAUUCUUUACCUGUUUGUGAGGCUUGUGAGCUCAUGGAAAAUCCGACUGUAAUGUAA